UGCCUUAUCUCAGUACCAAGCAUGCUUACAUUAUCAUGGUAUGUUCUGUUAUUGAUUUUCUUUCAUGUAUAGAACUGCAGGGAUAUUUUAACAUUAUCACCAGUCACUUGUAUGAAAUAAACAUCAAUUUCCACAGAAAUGUACACUCUGCACACUUCAUGCAUUAUUAUAUAUCUGCAUCGUGUGUAUUUUAUAAUAUUAAAUAUAAAAAAAAAACAAAAUUUCGUAAAUCAAUAAAUCACUUGAAAUCUCAUGUUUUGCAUGUCGGUGUUAGUAAUACGGCAGUGCUAAUAAUAAAUUGAUACGAAAUUCGACAUAAUAUUUAUUGAAAUGUACGUUAGAAUACAUUUUAAUGCUACUAUAUACAUAUAUACAAUUGUAACAUGUUUCCUAAGCAACCAAAGAUCUUCUCCACAUCUUGCAAUGGUGGAUCUGAUGUAAAGAACUUCAAGCUGUUUUUCUAGUUCAUUGUAAUCAUACAGUGUUUGAUAUUUGCAUAAUAUGUUCAGCAAUAUUGUUUAUACAAAAAGGAAAUCCAGGAAAAUUUGACAUAUCUUUCCCCAGACAAAGAUUUUAACGUUCCUCGCCGCAUCACAAGAACAUUGCAAGUUGGGAAGCUGAUAACAACGCGAUGGCAUACGGAAGGAAGUCGAUGUCGAAGCCGUCCGAGCGGGAUCUUGGAAGACACAUGAGCUUCGCGAAGAGCCGCGUGGACUUCGUCGGAGCUGGCGACAUAGACUGGCUGCGCGCGAAACUUCUUCUGAAGCCGGACGAUCAGCUGCAAUUAACGGAAGAGGAAAUGCAAGAAGAAAUCGCUAGGGUUCUCACUAUACACAACACGAGAGUCCCGGAUGCUUUGGUUGAGUGGUCGUGGAAGUUGAAGGAGUUCGUUAAGUUACCCCCACCCCCGCAUUUGGUGACAAUCCUGAACGUGCAGGGGACGAUAUUGCACAAGGAUUCCGAAGAGGCGAAAAUACAAUUAGCUGGCGGACAUCUCGUGGAGAGUCUCCAGGACGCGGCGACGCUCUUGCAUGGCGAUGAAGAUGAAGAAGAAGACGAGGAAGGGGAGGAGGGAGAAGACAAGAGGGAGGAGGAAGAGGAGGAAGAAGAUGCCGAGGAAGAAGCUAAAGAGCCGGAAGUUGACGCUGAAGCGGACGAUGAAGAGGUAGAAGCGGUGAAACCGAAGAAAGUUCCAAAUCAAUUCAACUUUUGCGAGAGGGCUGCUCUGACGUAUACUAAUCCUUUACGAGAAAUGAGCACGCAAACUGUGCCACCACCGACAGCUACGUUUAACGCACACGUCUUCCAAUGGACGAUCUUCGACGAGUAUCAAGAAGAUUUCGCGCAACAGCAACGCGAGAGAGAAAAGGAGAAGAGGGUUCCAAUUUUACAACUGAAGAAGGAAGACAUGAAGAAGCAGGCGCAAUCACAGUCGAUGGCAAUGUCGGCUCGAAUGUUGCAAGCAGCGAAAACGUUGGAACGAAUGGUGAACCAAAAUAUCUUCGACGAUAUCGCGCAGGAUUAUCGAUAUUGGGACGAUCCAAGCGACGAAUUCAAGGACGGGGAAGGAUCGUUGCUGCCGUUGUGGAAAUUCAGUUACGAAAAAACGAAGAAGCACGAUGUCACAAAUUUAUGCUUCAACGGCAGAUACUACGAUUUAUUCGCGGUGUCUUAUGGAACGAUGUCAUUUAAUAGUCCGAUAACAAAUGGGAAAGUUUGCUUAUUCAGUCUGAAAAAUCCAUCGUAUCCAGAAUGGAUCUGUGAAAUAGAGACUCCGGUAAUGUCUUUGGCCUUCAGUGAACAGCAUCCACAUCUUUUAGUCAUCGGUGCAAUGGACGGUUCCGUUGCCGUUUAUAAUAUUAUGUUACCACCGACGGCCCCGCAAUACAGGAGCAACGACGUUCAUCAAAAGCAUGGAGGUAUAGUGUGGGAGGUAUGCUGGGCACCGGACACGGAAGAAGGUAAUUUGGCAUUCUACAGUGUCAGCAUCGAUGGGAAAAUCAAUUAUUGGAUACUGAAUCAGAAUGAUCUAGGACUGACAACGGUGAUGACACUUUUCCUAGACCGGCCUCCAAUACCUGGACCAGAUGGUACUAUGAUCACUUUAAUAGGAUGUGGAACAAGCCUGGCAUUCCAUCCGGCUGAUCAAAAUGUAUUCCUGGUAGGGACGGAAGAGGGAACAAUUUAUAAAUGUAACACGGCUUACAGCAGUGUUUACAUGAAAACGUAUAACGAGGCACACGACAUGCCGGUGUACAGAAUAGUGUUCAACAAAUUUAAUUCGAACAUAUUCGCGAGCUGCUCUGGCGACUGGAGAAUAAAGAUAUGGGAGGACAAUAGAAUGGAACCUUUGUUCGCGUUUGAUCUCGGUGUUCCAAUUGGAGACGUUGUAUGGGCACCGUACAGUUCCACAGUAUUGGCAUGUGUUUCCAACGACGGAAAGGUCACGGUGUUCGACUUGAACGUGAACAAAUAUAGACCGAUAUGUAGCCAAGCAGUGGUUAGUAAAAAGAAGAAUAAAUUAACUCGGCUAGCGUUUAACAACAAACUGCCGUUUAUUAUUGUCGGUGACGAUAAAGGUACAGUGACAACCUUGAAGCUCUCGCCGAAUCUUCGGAUAAAAGUGAAGCCAACGAAGCGGCAAUUGCAUUUAACGCACGCGGAUCUGGAAAUUAUGAAGUUAGAAAAAUUACUGAGCUUUGUACGCGAACCACCUGUACUGCCACCGCCGGAGGAUGUACGAGUAACAGCGACGUAGUUCAAUUAUACUUUAUCCCCGACAUAAACGUGUUCGCAUUUCUUUCUCGAUUAUAAAUGAUAUAGCAAGCAUAGUAAUUUAUUUCUUGGUAAGAAAUACUUGGCUGGAAAGAACGGUUUUCUUGUUCGUAGAAUCCUCGUCCGCAUUGAAUGAUAUGACAUUUACGUUUUAUAAACAGUAACAUUUUAUUGGUAAUCGCUAUAACAGAAAAUACAGAGAAUUAGUGUCCUAUGUCUUUAUAAAUGAAUUGGCACUAAAUUUAGAAUACAUGAAAAAUAUGACUAUCAGUUAUAAAUAGAAUGUUGGUAUACAGAAUUGCUACGACAUGUGUACCCUAGACUAGAAGCAAAUCUUAACGAUUAUGAAACUACUUUAAUAUACCGUUCUGUAAAUAGCAUUAUUUAUGUCAACUUCAUUGCAAUUCCAUACACAUGAGAGCACUGAUUUCCUUCGCAAAACGAAAACAUUUUGUUCAAUAAAUCUCACAAAAAUUAGUUCACAAGAAUUGUACACAUGUAAUAAAGUCGCGCGUGGAGUAUUUUGUAUAUUGCAAAAGUAGAGAAAAAAAGAAACUGCGAAAGUAGAUAAAAAAAGAAACUGCAAAAGCAGAAUAAUCAUAGCAGACUUAAUUGUUCUCCGGUGCGUCAAAGCAAGCACUGGUCACCGACGUGUUUUAUGCGUUUGAAAUAAACGUUACAUAGUCUAUGAUAGUUUUAUAAUAAAAUCUUAAGUAUUAAAGUAUUCGAUAUACAAUUUAGAUAUGUUCUUAAAUGAAAUAUUUGGUAAACGUGUUAUAUAAAAAGAACUGAUAUAUCACAGUAACGUUAGUGAAAAAGAUUUGUGAUUUGUAUAAAUACUAUCAAAAUAAAUAACAAAAUAAAUUAAUGUAAAAGAA